AUAUAUAGGCUUUCUUUUCAAGCCAGUGAUCUGGCGGGAAAGUGACCAGAAUGAACUCCGGAGAAGCCAGGAACCAAUAUUGAUAUUUUGGAUAGCAGGCCCGGAUAGCAGAUUCUCGUUUACAAGCUGUGUCAUUCUUGAAAUGAUGGACCUUAAAGAAGCCAUUUCGUCAUCACCUGAUGAUAUCCUAGUGAUGGGUAACCAUGGAAAUCAGUCGCAUGACACAAUCCUACGACAUCUCAAUUCUGUCUCAUGUGACCUACAGCUAUCAGAUCACAUGGACGUCCACCUGCUUGGUAGCCGGACCAAGUCAUCAGGAUACCCCAAGCUUUGUACCUUAGCACAGCAUUUCAUAGAGCGAUACAGACAUCAUGGACUGGCAGCUAAUGACAGACAGACUGUUCUCUCACAUUCUAGCCAUCUACUCAUGGUACAACUCUGCUUGGCUGAACGCAGUAAACAGAAACAUGACCUCUUUGAAGUAGACAUGAGUGAGGUGCUCCUCACAUCAAGAGAACUUCUCCAACAGAAGCUCUCCACCAAUCAGCUCUCUUGCACACCCAAGCCAACCAAUGAUAGUUCAUCUACAACUCCAGAGUCACACCCACUUAUGAAUAUGUAUGAAGGUAUGCUGAAGAGAUGUAACAUGGUAGACAUGGUGGAUGUAUGGAGGGAGGUGAGGAAGGCGGAGUCAAAGAGAAGAGAAGAAGAGACUAAUGGAUCAUUGGCUGAAUCUAAAACAAAGUUUGUGAUACUUCAUCCUCCUCAAGGUGACAUUGAGUGCACAAUGCUUUCCAGUUUGUCAGGAAAUGAAAGACCAUCCACCAUCACAGCUUUGACCUUUGACCCUUCAUCACCUUCAACAGACGAAGAGGGAUGUGAGGAUGUGAUGAGAUUAGAGGUAUCAACCGAGAGACUGAGCUGGGAUCAAGGAAUGAGUGCAUUGCAUGAUUUUCAGUCAGCAUCCACUCCCAGUGCCAGAAGCCCCACUGAGACCUUCUGUCGUCAACUGUUCCUGUCUCACUUGGCCUUACUGAUCAACACAAGAGAUGAACUGUCUCUGGCUCAUUGUCUUAGUCUACCUGAUAAAGGUCUGGGGAUUGAAGGCUUCACAGCGCUACGGAAGGCUGCCCAGGAGAAAAACAUGCCCAUGUUUCAGACCAUGGUGUCUUUCAUCAUGAAACUCCGUCUCGGUGGAAAGAGCUACGCCCCGGACCUCUCUUCCCCUCUCGGAGAGUAUGUAAAGCCAAUGGGGGACUUUGUCAACCUUAUACAGAAGAUGCAGACGCUUACUGAAGAAACUAAAGACCCAAGAGAGGCGAUCAAGAAGAUUCUUCAUACCAUCAAGAUAUCCAUUCUGAAAUCCAGUGAGAAUGUCCUCAAAGCUGGGAGUCUUGAGAAAGCUGUAGCUGAUCUCACCAGAGAGACAGACUAUCUCAUCAUCAACUAUACAGAAGAGAAAACACCAAAGAAAAUUGUUGGACAGGGAAGGGUCAUCUAUGGUCAGAAGACCAUCUAUGUCAUCCGGAAUCUCGUUGACCGGCAGAGUGGUGCUUACAUGUCCAAGCUUGCUCAGACACAGCUACUGACCGAUACUGUAUGUAGUCAGAAGACACCGGUCAAACUACCAAGUGUUAUCUCUCAGUUCAGAACUCCUGAUGUUGAAUGUGAUCCUGACUCACCAGAGAAUGUUUCUCUUAGAGAAAGACUGAGAAAAAGUCUGGGAGGGGACGAAGAAGCAUCAAAGACCCCUCAAGUGCAUGGUUCAAAAUCUUUCAUGAUAUGGGCGGAGCCUGUCGUCAAAAUCACGUCUAUCAAUGGCUCGCCACCAGCCAAUCAGAAACCUGAUGCUCAGAUCCAAGCCAAUCAGAACAAAGGACUGUGGGCAGACUCUCCUGAUGACCGAUCGCUUGCUCACAAGAAACGACUGAGUGGUCUGACCCCAGACUUGAUUGACAGUAUAGUGUCAACGCCCAAACGCAAGACGCAUCUUAUUGUCGAGUCGGUAGAUGAGACAGAGAACACGACUGAUGAUGGCAAAGUGAAGGAUGUCAAGAAGAAGAAUAAGAAAAAUAAAGAGAUGAGUAAAAAGAGGCUGAUUUUGAAUGAACUAAACGCAGAUGACUCUCAGCCUGCCAAGAAAGCUAAGAAAGCUGAACCAAAGCCGAAGAAAAAGAAAACUGUUCAGCUAGUCAAAGGACAGCAAACGCUGAAUCGUUUCUUCAGGGUUUGAUGAUAAAUAGUCUGCAAUUUCGAAAAUAUGUGUGCAAUUCUUAUCAGUUAUAGUAAGCAAGACCUUGAGAGCAUUUCAUCAACAUUUUCACUUUCUUUAAUUUAGAUUGGCUGGGAAACACUGGUACUAUUUAACUGUCGGAUAAAACAGGACUUGUCGGAUAACAUGUCUGACAAGUCUUUUCAUGAAACGCUCAGGGGCCAUUUCAUAAAGGUGUUCAUUGGUCACAAAUGAUGGUAUGCAAGACUUUGUUCCCCUCUUUUUGUGAAAAAUAAUUUCCCCCAAAUUACCAUUGAUGUUGAUUCAGCUCACAAGAUAGGGUCAUCAGUUAUAGGUAAGUUUCUCGUAAAAGCUUUAUGAAACACCUACCUGGUGGCCAUUUCAUAAUGUUAUAUAUAUUCUCAUGUGGCUGACUUAGCUUUUUAGAACAUGCGGAAAUUUGGUCGUAACUUUAUGAACAGCUUCAUGAAACAUCCAUCUGGAUGGUGUUGUAUGAAGCUGAUCAUAAUUUACACAAGACUUGUGACCCUUUCUUGUGCUAAAUCAGGUUUGAAAAAAAAUUUGUAUUCCUAUUUGAAGCUAAAGUUGAAAUCUUAACUUAUACAUGUAGAUUAAAUUUUUUUUUAAACAAGCAUAGAAUAACAGAUAUUUCUCUCCCAUUAUGUAAACAAAAAUUUGGACUGGAUUUAGCACAAGAAAGGAUUACCAGUUAUGGGUAAAGUCAAUGCUGCGUAAUGUCAUGAAACAGCAACAGUUUUAAUCUUUCCUCAAUAAAAGUACAUACAUGUACGUUUCUUUAUUACUCAUAUUUUUGUAUUGGUGGGCGUGGUUCCUGUUUCAUAGAGAGCUAGAAUUAUUGUAACUUAUCAUGGCAGCUACCAUGGCAACGGCUCAGCUGCCAAAAACAAUCAAGGUUACCAUGGUAGUUGCAAUAAUGGAGAAGUUGAAAUAGUUGUAACUCUUUAAUGAAAUGGGCCCCUGGACAUCAUGGUAUAAAUCUCAAGUGCAAAGGGUGUACUCAAAGCAAUGGGGUCUUUUAAUUUGCAUGUUAACAUAGUGUUUGGUUAUUUAGUGUCAUUAUUGCAGUUAAGGUAAUUUUGUGUAUAUAAAUCAGAGCCAGGAUUUCCUCAUCCACAUUGAGAAUGUUUCGAUUUCUGGAUUAUAAAGAACAACCUUUUUUUUUUCAAACGUGUCUACAGUUGUAUAUGCCUUGAAAAGUAUUUGAGAAAACAAAGCUGCCAGUUUUUAUGAUUAUAUGAAAAUGCAAUCUUUUAUUCAUCCUCGAUGUAUCAAAUGUUGGGUUUUAAUCUUGGAUUUUACUAACCUUGCUCCAGUUUAAAAUAUCAAUCUACACUGUUAAAACAAAUGCUUACAAAUAUAAUUCAAUGCAUGUUCAUUGUGAUGUACAUGUAAACUAUACCAAAUGAAGCCAGUAGAGGGCAGUAUACAGGUAUUCAAUUCAAUCUUUAUUGCAACCGUAUACUAGGUUGGAUUAUGUACAAAUAAAAAUGGUUACAAAAAUUUAUAUAUCAAAAUUGAAUGAACAUCAUAUUAAAGAGUAUCUUAAAUUAUCUAUACGUGAAAACAAAUAAAAAAAUUAUGAUACAUUUAAAAGGAGAAACACAUACACAGACGUACAUAAAAUCAAGAAAUAAUGUCCUAAAUUGCACGCCCAUUACAAUGCCAUUAACUCAGUCCAGACAAAAACAAGAAUCUGAACAAAACAGAAAUCAUCAUUGCAAAUUAUAUAAGCACCAGUGAAUAAAACUAUUUUUAUA